UUUGAGCCUGGAGGAGGGACUCCAAUUCCAGCUCAGAAAUACAAGGCCUCCCCAGCAAUUGAUGUCCCCAGUCAAGAAGGUAAUUACUGCUGUUUAAUGAGUAUGUUCUAUUGCAAGUAGUUCAGCCAAGGGCUGCGGUUAGCCUUUUGUAUAUUCCAGUUGGAAUAUUCUCUCAAUCUGUUAUUACUUAGGAUAGUUAACUUUUGUAAAAUUUGCCAGUGUUUUAACUCUUUAACUUAAAUAUCUGAAUGUUAAUUCUCCCCAUUAGCUGCUACACAUUUCCUUGUAAAUUAGUUAUGAGUAUUUGAUUAGAUCAAGGUAAAAAGUUCUACCAGAUAAGUUUGAGAAUUCUCACUACCUGUUUGCCAGAUGAUGUGUGAAUAUUACAGGAAGAAGGAACAUGUUAAAUAGGGUUAAGCUGAAGAAAGAGUCAUUUGCAAUUAUUAUGCAUUUGUAGACUCAGUAUAAACCUCGCCAUGAGUGAAAUAUAGUUGAUGUUUUAUCAUGGGGAAUAAUCAAUGAAUUUUCUGUGAAUGUUUACAUAUCUAAUAAACAUAAAAAUAAACAUUCAAAUUGUCAACCAUUUGACCUCUUCAUAUAGUGCUUGUUCAGGAAAGCUCUGACCCCCCUGUUGAUCAACCUCCCCAGUCCCCAUCAUCACCUGAGCCCAGUGGAAAGAAGAUUGGAAGUAGAAAGUUCAACUUGCAUUUGGUAUAA